CGCAUCAUAAUUUAGUAUCGAAAGUCACUUACGACAAAAAUUCUUUUAAAUGGGAUUUUAAUGAAAAUGCCAUGGCAACUGAAAAAUUAGCAGAAGGCAUAAGAUCAUUUGCUAAAGAUACUAGAACUUUAUAUUCGAUUUUAAGGCAACGGUUGACUAAUGAAAGCUCGAUAAUUUCUGAAAAAAUCUCUGAAGAUAUUAAACCGGCUGCUGAAAUCUCUGAAGAUAUUAAACCGGCUGCUAAAAUCUCUGAUGAUAUUAAACCGGCUACUAAAAAUAGUACACCCUUUAAGAUGUUUAAACGCCUAGCCAAACUUGAGACUAAUCAAGCUUGA